GAGUGCGGAGUGUCCCGCACAGUACGGAACUGAGUCAACGCAUUUUUCUGAUUCAAGAAGGGUAGGGUAGGGCGCAAGGCGGCUGGCCCCCGCAAAGAGAGCUACACAAGUCGGCUAGUUCCCCAGCUGAAGCGGUCAGCUAUCGAAAGCAGUUGAUGUCUUCAGAUGACAUUUAAGACUUCACUGUGUAUUUAGUUGGUUUGACGCUAAUUCUCCGUUGGUCGUCUGAAAAUCACAACCCGAAAAAAUGUCAGAUCCUGUGGUGGCCGACACUCGCCGGUUGAAUUCCAAGCCCCAGGACCUGACUGAUGCUUACGGUCCCCCCAGCAAUUUCCUGGAGAUAGACGUUUAUGAUCCACAAAUCGUUGGAGUCGGACGGGGCCGUUACACAACUUACGAAGUUCGCAUGAGGACGAACCUUCCCAUUUUCAAAUUAAAGGACUCCUGUGUGAGGAGAAGAUACAGCGACUUUGAGUGGUUAAAGAAUGAGCUGGAAAGAGACAGUAAGAUUGUUGUACCACCUCUGCCGGGCAAGGCCCUGAAGAGACAGUUGCCCUUUCGCAGUGAUGAGGGUCUUUUUGACGAGUCAUUCAUUGAGGAGCGAAGAUCGGGCCUGGAACAGUUUAUCAACAGAAUUGCAGGUCACCCCUUGGCCCAGAACGAGCGCUGUCUUCACAUGUUUCUUCAAGAGGAAACCAUUGACCGUAACUACAUUCCUGGAAAAGUAUGAAUGAACUGAGAUGUGAUUUUGAUGAUGACCUCCCAAAGUCAAGCAACAUGUAGCAUCAUAAAAAUGAUGGCGACUCCAGUCACUCCAGUCGCUGUUUUCUCCCCUGAGUUUGAUAUUUCUGGACAUGCUCUUACACAGGAUUGUUUCACAAAUACUUGUUGAGUUGGGCAAAUAACCAUGUCUAAGCACUGUGAUAAGAGAUUUGUUAUAUGAACAGACAUUCAUUGUUUAAAGGCAGUAACAGCAUCUGGUUUAUUGAGCUAUAAAAUGAGGCUUGAUUUUCUUUUUUCUUUUCUUUUCACCUGUAUUCUUCUUUCUCUCAGCAUUAUCGUGAAGUGUAUUAAUACGUUUCCAUCAUUGCAGGAACUUCAUUGUUAAUUCUGUCCACUAAUUAAAUUUCCUGCUGCCUGCUG